AUGUGUCUCGAUGGCUUCUGGGUGACACCAAGUCGACGGCUUCUCACACUAUUCUCCGCACCUAUGUAUUGCAAUUUAUACAGGAAUGCAGGAACCGUUCUUGAAGUUGAUGACCAACUACACUGCAAGCUUAUCGCUAUGAUGCCAGAAUCGCGUGGAUGUCGCGAACGGGUCACGAAGCAAAAUCGGCUUUGGGACGAAACCGUGGACUACAUCUUCGAAAGAAUGGCCUAA